GCCCUAUCAAACGCGACUUAAUACUUGGGCAUUCCAAGCUUGCUCACGUGACGUCAACGCGGCUGGGGUCACGACUUCAUCUUUGAGUGCGUGCGACGUUCUAGCAGUCAGCCUCCUCUGGUUUUCUGUCCAGGAGCUUUUGUUUGCGAGAAUUGUCAAUCAGGCAUGUCACAAUCUCACGCGAUCGCUCAAAACGAAAAGGUCUUUCCAGUUCUUGCACAGAGGCUCGCCACGCAGAAUCCAAACGAUUACGUCGUGACGGUGCAAAAGUUGAAGGCAUGGUUAAGUUCUGACAGGGCUUAUUAUCCAAUCGCUCGUGGAAAGGUGGAAGUGCGAUACCAGGUACUUAUAUAUAGAUCUCGCUGACCGCAGUGUCGAACAGAUCAUCGAGCUUCUGGAGAUUGCUGUCACAGGCUACACCGACGUGAUGCGUUACCAGCAGGGGGGUGUCCACACGGCCCAUGCACUUCGAGAGCUCGUCGGAACCGUCGUACCUCACAUCCACAGGUUCGAGGAAGCUUCUCUUCGGGCAAGAGUGUUGCGUGUCGUUGAAAUAACAGAGAAUCUUCUUAGGAACGUGUACCUUAACGAGGUGGUGGGAAGCACUGUACAAGGCAUUCCUUUCAGAGAACGGCCCGUAAAGAUAAAUCUACCUUCGGCAGACAAUAAUAUUUUAGCAGGGAACGAUGUGGGACUUGGUUCGCCUGCCCUGCAAAUACCGACAAUUUCUGCAAUCGGUAGUCCUGAAAUUGAUGUGAAACCUGUGGUAACUUCGUCCCACACUGACUCUCAGGUCAAAUCUGAACCUGAGGAUCCGCCGCUACCGUGGGGUCCCGUGGGGUUCACCUCCAUUUACACAGUUGGUGGAAAAAGAAUGACGGAGACCGUGCUAGCACCAAAUUCCAAACAAUCGCUACCUAUGGACGUCAAUCAGGACAACAGUGUUGGACCUUCGAGUGCGGUUCCACCGCCGGCGCCCACUAAGCCCCAGCCAAAGCGAGUACGGAAACCGGAGAUGUCAAAAUUAUUAGCCCGUGAUCUGGACUGGUGCAAGUUGGCAAUGGCGGGCGCAGCGCAGGUACAACUGCCGCAAACCCCAGCGAGCUCCGUCGAACCUGCUCCGACACCGAUGGAUAUCGAUGUUGCUCCGUUUGCACCUCGUGAACAAGAUGUCCAAGCUAUUUCUGUCAAGCAAGAGGUUCUUCCCGGAAUGGACCGGGAGGAAGGAGUUUCUUCGUCCCCUCGGCAUGACGGCGUGACUACUACUGAAACUGUUAUGGGAGACAGUUCAUUACCCCAACCACCGCCACAACUAGAACCAGCAACAGCACCGGCAUCGACACCAGCAGCACCGGCAUCAACACUACCAGCGCCAGUACCAUCACCGGCAUCGACACCAGCAGUGCCAGCAUCAACACUACCAGCGCCAGCACCACCGGCACUGGCACCAGCACCAGCAUCUGGAUCUUUCCACACUCCCUCGGAUGAUAACGGUGUAUCGACGAGAGCUACUGCAGAGCGCAGCCCGUCGCUACCCCCACCACCACCUGUUCAUUCCCUUCAGGACAUACCAUCGGCUGAAAUUCGCAAUAGAAGUUUACCUCCCUCAGCUGCUACAGAUGGCGAAUCGCCCCAAACAUCACCUGCAAUACUUCCACCUCCACCCAACACCGUCCAUGACAUAUCACACAUGCCAUCUAAGGAUACCACUGUACCUCCUACCGCUGCGAACAGUGGUUCGUCAUUGCCUCCACCUACUACCGGUUCUCAACCCCUUUCGGGCCAAUCACCUGCGAAAAUUGAAAACAGUGCCUCUUCCCCAGGCAGCGGGAACGAUUUGUUACCACCACUCUUCGAACCACUACAGCAUGCCGUAGACGAUGUGCACCCCUCUACGCUACCGUCUCAAGCCGAGCAGUCCGUGCGACCUGAAGAGUCCCCAUUAGAUGGGGACCUUGCUCAAGAAGCAUUUCAUCAUGAGAGGGUUAUAAUGCACUUUAGCAAGGGUGAUACUCUUCCGCGUGCCCACCACGUCAAUCUCACUGUUAGUGAGGACAUGCAUUCUAAUGUUUCGCGAUGGGUUAAACGCAGGGUGUCACCAACGUAAGUAAUCCAGAUUGUAUUUACAAUGACACGCUCCGACGAGUGUUCGAAGGGACGUACCGAGUAGUUUUUGCAUCUCUGUGGCGUGCUACCGACUGUGUGACUUGGGCACGGCAGCUGAAUCGUCACCUAAUGACGAGAAUCUGUCUAUGACAGAGGCUACAGCUCAUGCCCCGUGUUCUUGGCCAACCUCGACACACUUGUUGCUAAGCCUGAAGUACGGCGAGAAAAACUGGAGUCUGCCUCUCUCUCCACCACUCAAGGUUACCCCCGAUCAAUUUA